CUGGAAGCUCCACUGAAACCUGUCCACCAUGGGUCACCCUGCUGGUGUUUGAAAUCCCGGUGGCACAGCUUUCAGUAUCACAGCAACAUGCAACCACCACAGUAUAACCGACAGGUGGGUGGUGGGGUUCUCUGACUGGGAAGUGAACCUGGGUUGUACACUGAGAGUAUCGAAUCUUAAGCACUAGAUCACCAGGGCUGGCUCAGGCUCAAUAGAGCACCAUAAAUGGGGGGAAAUGGGACUUGCAAAUAUUUUCAUUUUUCUUGAAUUGGCUUUUCUAGGGACAUGGUUAUUGGUCACCUCAGAGCAGCUCUGUAUUACUGCCUUCACUGUGCGAGGAUUGCUGUCAGGUGCCCCGGGCUUGAAUCCAAGUUUUGGCCUCAGCACUUCAGACUUCCUGUGAUCUGGGCCUCCAGACUGCCCAGGUCGGAGUACAGUGGUGGCCGGCAGCCCUCGGGGGCAGAGGAGGAUCUCCUCAAGAGGUAUAAACAGGAGCAGGCCACAGUCCAGGACGAGCUGUUCCAGGUGGUCACGAGGGAGAGAGAGGCAGCCACGCAGCACCAGCGUGUGUCCCUGCAGGGUGGGGAGGGCAGCAUUGACCAGGAGAAGUGGAAGUCAGCCCAGCUGGCCAGGGAGCUGGAGAGCCGAGAGGCGGAGCUGAGACGCCGCGACACCUUCUACAAGGAGCAACUGGGGUGCAUUGAGAAGAAGAAUUCUGAGAUCUAUAAACUGUCUUCACAGCAAUUCCAUGAGGCAGCUUCAAAAAUGGAGGGCAUGAUAAGGCCCCGCAGGCUGGAGCCCGUGUGCUCAGGGCUGCAGGCCCAGAUCCUCCGCUGCUACCACGACCACCUGCAGGAGGUGCUGCUGUGCUCCGAGCUGGUCAAGGCCUACCAGCACUGCGUGAGCGCCGCCCACAAGGGUUGAGGAGCAGCCAUCACUCCUGGCCCUGGCAGUGACUUGGAGCCCUGAAGAAGGGUCUGGUGAUGGAACCACAGUCCACAGACCCCUGGGCCACAGCCAUCAUGCCCGGCCAUCCCCCGUUUGGCGCCUGAGGAUGCCUCUGUGCCAUGUGCUUAAGAAAUAGAGUAUGUGCAACUGUCCGAAAACAAAUAAAGCUCGUGUCUUGGUCCUCAGUCAUUCUCU